CGCGGCGCCGGCAUGGCGGCGCGGUGCCCGCUGGUGGAGGACAGCUUCAGCCGCCUCGGCUCGCAGAGCAACGUGUACGGGCUGGCGGCGCUGGCGGGCGGCGCGGGGCCCGGGCCCGGCCCCGGCGGGCUCCUCGCCGCCACCCUCAAGGGGAAGGUCAUUUACUUCCGGUACCACGACCUGCGCCAGAAGCUGCGGCCCGUCGCCCGGGAGCUGCAGUUCACCUACAUCCCGGUGGACGCCGAGAUCGUCUCCAUCGACUCCUUCCGCAAGUCGCCGCCGAAGCGCGGCCUCGUCGUGGGAAUCACCUUCAUCAAGGACUCCGGCGACAAGGCGAGCCCCUUCCUCAACAUCUACUGCGACUACGAGCCGGGCUCCGAGUACGACCUGGACUCCAUCGCGCAAAGCUGCCUGAACCUGGAGCUGCAGUUCACGCCUUUCCAGCUCUACCACGCCGAAGUCUGCGUCGGGGACAAGCCGGAGACCGUCUUCCUGCUGAGCGGGAACGACCCCUGCAUCCACCUGUACAAGGAGAACGAAGGUUUGCACCAGUUUGAGGAGCAGCCGGUGCAGAACCUCUUCCCCGAGCUCCAGGAGCUGCCGAGCAACGUCCUGUGGCUGGACGUCUGCAACAUCCCCGGCUCGGGCCAGCGCGUCACCGCCUUCGGCUGCCAGAGCGGCUACGUCCGCGUCGCCCAGGUGGACCAGGCCAGCCGAGUGGUGCUCCAGAGCUGGAGCAUCCAGCAGGACGGCCCCGUCUCCAAGGUGCUGGUGUUCGCGCUGCCGUCGACCUGCCCUCGGGGGGAGCCGGGCGCCGACGCGGCCGAGGAUGAGAGACCUGGGGCUCUCCAGAGCUCCGGUUCCCACCCGGCGAUUGGAGAGGCUGGUGGGGCAGAGCCCUACCGCGGCCCCGGAAAACCCCGCGGGGGCCGGGGCGCUGUCCCCAACGCCGGGCUGCUGCUUCCUCCUCCUCCUCCUCCUCCUCCUCCUCCUCCCGCUCCUCCGCGAGCGGGCUGGGCAGGGCAGGAGCCCGGGCCUCGGCUGCGCGCCCGACCGCGUGUUCCUCCUUCCCCGCUCGCAGGCGAGGCCGGCGCCCCGCAGGGCUACAGCGUCCUCGUCACCAGCACCGUCGAGCUCUCCGUGGUGUACAGGGACGUGCUGACGAGGGGCCUGAGCGACCAGCUGAUCCUGCCGGGCAGCGACCAGUACGACAGCGUGCUCUGCGCCCUGGUGACCGACGUCGACUUCGACGGCGCCCGCGAGAUCCUCCUCGGCACGUACGGGCAGGAGCUGCUCUGCUACAAGUACCGGAGCCCUGACGCUCCGCAAACCGCCGCCGCCGCGGGGCUCCCAGCCACGUCCCGGCGGGGCGGCGACUUCUACCUGCUCUGGAAGCGGAGUUUCCCCAGCCCGCUGCUCUCCAUGGAGUACGUGGACCUGACCUCGGACGGGCUCUGUGAGCUGGCCGUGGUGUGCCUGAAGGGGCUCCACGUCUUGCAGCACAGCCUGGUGCAGACGGCCCAGUGCGUCCUGGAGAGGCUCCGCCGGGAAGCGGCGCGCGCGGCCCAGCGCAGCCUCGGCGCCGGCGCCGCGACGCCGGAGGGACGGUGACGGCCGGCGGCGGGGCGCCCCGAGGAGCCGGCUUCGGCGAGAGCCGCGGGACCGGGCGACGGAGGAGGACGGCGCCUUGGGCCGGAUACGAGCCCGAACGUGGGGAAAACGCCCCCGGAAUCCUCCGGCCUCGCCACGGAGGCAGGAGGCGGCGCGGGCAGAUCCUGGCCUCGCUCUCAGCAAGGCUGCGGCCAGCUUGGAUGUAAAUUUGUCGCGCCGCGGGCAGUAAACACGCACGUGUGCCCAGC